CUCUCUGGAGGGAGGAGGAGGAGGAGAAAGGCAAGGCCGGCCUGAGAGGGCGCUCCGAAGGGAAGGGAAGGGAAGGGAGGCGAGGGGCCCUGCUAGUCUACCGAGGCGUUUGGGAGCUAACCAAGGGCCAGGCCGACAUGGAGCACCUUCACCACCCGCCGCAGCCGCCGGCCUCGAGUCGGUACCAAGUGCUUCAUAAUGAGGAUGAUCCCCCAGAAUCAUCAGUGGUUGAACAGCCAUCCACCUCCACAGAAACUGUACUAGCUUCUCAAACAGAGGCAUCUUUACCUGAAGCAGAUACUUCACCUCCACCUUAUUGUAGUAUUGCCGCAGAAGCAGCUGCAACAUCAGAAAUUGAAUCACCUAAUGAAUUUUAUCCUGUGCCACCUCCAUACAGUGUAGCUACCUCUCUUCCCACUUACGAUGAAGCAGAGAAGGCCAAAGCUGCAGCAAUGGCAGCUGCUGCAGCAGAAGCAGCAGCCCACAGACACGGCCAAUUUAGGGAGUCUAGGAGUCUGUUUGAUGAAAUAUUCCUGAGUCCACCAGAGGAAGAAGAGUAUCCCCCAAGGGAUGAUUUCAGUGAUGCAGACCAGCUCCGUGUUGGCAAUGAUGGCAUCUUCAUGUUGGCCUUUUUCAUGGCAUUCAUUUUCAACUGGAUUGGAUUUUGUUUAUCAUUCUGUAUAACUAACACCAUAGCAGGAAGAUAUGGUGCCAUCUGUGGAUUUGGACUGUCCUUGAUCAAAUGGAUACUUAUUGUCAGGUUUUCAGAUUACUUUACUGGGUAUUUCAAUGGACAAUACUGGCUUUGGUGGAUAUUUCUUGUGCUUGGCCUUCUCUUGUUUUUCCGAGGUUUUGUUAAUUAUCUGAAAGUCAGAAAUAUGUCUGAAAGUAUGGCAGCUGCUCAUAGAACAAGAUUUUUCUUCUUGUACUAGAGACUGCAUCGGCCAGACAUUCCUUUCUCGUACCAAUGUGAACUUCCAGCAAUCUGUAACCUUCCAAGCGCAUAGGGAAAGACGACUACUAAAAACAGAAGACAAAUUUGAAGCAGGAUCUUUUUGCCACUUAGUGUGAAUGACAGGGUGGUUUAAGCUAAAGUGCCAUUUCUGUUCAUUCUAGUCAAUAUUUAUAUUAAGCAAUGCCUUUUGUCUUGCACAUAUGCAUAUGUGCUAAUUAAUUAACAAGAACUUUACAAAGAAUAAAGUUCAUGCAUAUAGUCUGCUAAGCAGUUGAAUACAGACAGACUUGACUAAUCUAUGUUUUAAUCUGAGAGAUUUUAAGUGGGAGCUUGUUUUCACAGUAUUAUAUCCACUUACUGGGCUGAUAUUUUGUUGGGUACAAACAGCUUGUACCAAAUGAUUCAUAGUAAACCCCUUGGACUCCGUUACUACGUAAAUUGCAUUCAUCCAAUUAUGCACAUAGAACAUAUUUUAUCACAUAGUUUGUAGUUCUAUAAAUGCAUGUUUAAAAAGCAUUUUAUUGAAGGCUGACCAAGGUUGUUCAAGUGUACCUCUCGCAGUGGUCUCAUUACUGUGAAUUUGCUUUUCCCUUUCAUGAACAUAUGCAAUAUCAGCCUUAAUUGCUGCCAUUCUAAAGCCUGAUAUAAGCAGCUGCUUGAAGUUUAGCAGUCUCAAUAUAUGGUCUGAUUUUUAUGUGAUGGGAAGUUUCUGGUUGUUGCUGCCCUGCAGCUCCUUUACUACUGCUCUGGUGAUAUACAGAACCAGAAGACAAAAAGGAACUAUGGCUUUACGUGGGAAAGUCUGCAGUGGCUUCCAUUCUCAGGAAGGAAUGGAAUUACUGGGGCUUUUCCAAUUUCUUUCAUGGGGGAAAAAUGGGAUUGAGCCACUCCAAGAACAAGGAAAUCAGCUUUUACACUUGCAAAAAGAUGUGUGCAAAGUACCAUUCUUUUCCAAUCAUGGCAAAACAUUAUCAGUCAACAUUUUUUUUGAUUUUGCCUGUUUGAUCUGCUUAUUGAUUUUUCAGCUGGAUAGUUUGAUUUAGUACAAGUCUUGUAAGAAAGUUAGGCACAAAUCUGUAACGAGCCAAAUGAAUUAAGUUGUGUGCCUGAACAAACAGUGUCCUCUAAGUUCCUGGUGUGGUGGAAGAACGUUAUACUCAGUUAAUUCUCACAUUCAUCAUCUCAUUAAAAGGCCUAGCAUACACAGUUGCUAGCCCAAUCCUGCACUUAACUAGGUGGACCUCUGCUUGACUUCUUUGCCACCCAAUCUAUCACCAUCAGGUGUAACUGGAGUGUAUGUUCUCCUGGCAUUCCAGCUGCAUAGCCUUCUUUCUGCUGGAUGUUUUUAGGGAUGUUAUACUCAGUUUUAAUUGAAAGGAAUGGAAAUGGCAUGGCAACAGUGGAUGAGCAGCCUAGAUUUUCAGCUUGGAGCAUCAAUUUUCAUUGUCAUUACAUUCUGUGAAGAUAUUUACACAACCAUUUAUUAUUUAAGGAGUAGCUCAAGUGUCUUUAAGAUGUUAUUCAUUAUGCUUUUUUAAUGGAAAUGCAGAUGAAGUUAGAUAAAUUGUUAUAAGCACAUUUUCAUUCUUCUCCCUGAUAGCAACACACUGUUGAUGUUACACACAUAACAGUACUGAUGUUCCUUUUCAGUUAAUAAAACAAAAAUACAUCUAGGGCUUUAUGGGGAGGCAGUGUGAAUAAGCACAUGUGUAGCUUCCCCAAACAUCUCUGGGACUUUGCACUGUGGCAUGGAGGGAGAUGAUAUCUCUUAAAUAUCUGCAACAACUCUCAUCUCAGUUUGCUGCCAAUCACUAAUCACCCUGCCUCUUGGGAGUGGGAAAUGCACAUGUAUUCUUCUGUUUAUUUCUUAAUUUGAUCUCUUGCAUUUUUAAUACUAACAUGUAGAGGAAUUAUAUGUUGUCUUAUUUAGUGCUGUAUCCAAUUUUGUAUCUAUUGUAUGCACAAGGAUGACAGUUUAUAUUCUUUAAUAUUUCAGGAUUACUUUUAAAAAAAACAUGCAAGAUUUUAAGUGCAAAUGCCCAUUCCUGCUUUUCAUGAAAACUAAUUCUCUUAUGAGUUUUUAUGUUCCUUUUUGAAUUUGUCUCUAUUUUUCUAUUUUUUCCCUCCCUCCCUUCUUUCCUUCCUUCCUUCGUUUCCUUCCUUCUGCAUUGUUUGUUCUCACGAGAGACAAGUGAAUAAAUUGUUUUGUUUUGAAA